AUGAAGACCACUGUCGUUCUUUCCGCCCUUCUCGGCCUCUCCUCCGCUCACUACACCUUCGACAAGCUCCUUGUCAACGGUGCUCAGCAGGGUGGUGACAACACCUACAUCCGCAAGCACCAGAACACCUAUAUGCCCACCAAGUUCAAGAGCAUCCCCUCCGGAUCCAUCGCCCCCACCGAUGCCGACUUCACCUGCAACAAGGGAUCCACCGGCGCCGCCUCCGUCAUGAAGGUCAAGGCCGGCGACAAGGUCGGCCUCAAGCAGGCCUUCGGCGGCACCGGCAUGCUCCACCCCGGCCCUACCCAGGUCUACAUGAGCCCCGUCACCGACGCCAAGACCGACAAGGGCAGCCAGUGGUACAAGGUCAGCCAGUCCCUGCUCUGCAAGGCCGGCGACGCCGCCUCCCUCCGCACCACCGCCUGGUGCAGCUACGGCGAGGACAACGUCAACUUUGUCGUUCCCUCCACCAUUCCCAACGGACAGUACUUGGUCCGCGGUGAGCACAUCGGCCUCCACGGCGCCCACGACGGUCAGGCUGAGUUCUACUACGCCUGCGCCCAGCUCGAGGUCACCGGCAACUCCGCCACCAGCAUGCCCGGCACUGGCGUUUCCAUCCCCGGUGUCUAUAAGCAGGCCGAUGCCGCCGUCAACUUCAGUCUCUGGGGCUCUUCUACCUCCUACAAUGUCAUUCCCGGCCCUGAUGUCAUCCCUGGUGGUACCACCCGCGGCAGCGCCAACGGAUCCAGCGGCGACAAGAUUGCUACCGUUGCUGGCGGCAGCAACGCUGCUUCUGCCGGCAGCGCCACCACUGCCAAGGCCGCUGCCGCCGCUGCCACUCCUGAUUGCUAG